AUGACGGUCUUAUCGAUGCUGAAUUAUCAGGUAGACGAAUAUAUGGAGAAUAUGUUGGAGCAUGAGUACCAAUAUAAAGAGGGUUUCGCAUCAGCGCGAGAUACAGUAAGGAAAUUAUUUAUCGAGACCGCUCCUAACAAAAAUAAGCAGGGUGAAGCUCCUAAGAAUUGCAACAUUCCCCCACGGACAUCGAAAUCAAACCUACCAGGCCGCUAUGACAAGGAUGAUACCAAAGUCAAUGGCCAUGAGAAUGGCAGUAGCCUUGACCUUAGCCACAUGAAAGUGGUACUUAGUCGCUACAUCGCCCAUAUACUUCAGCACCCCUCGGUGGUAAAGAGCACUCGAGAUAUGCAGACCCGACUCGCUAGAGAACUUGAAACAUUCCUUCUUGCUCAUAUAGACCACGCAGAAGAUAAUUAUAAGUUUGCUCAUCAAUCGAAUAAGCGUUCAAUGAGCGUUCCCGUUCCUAGUAACAAAACGUCACAUAAGGCCUACAACGGGAAUCGCGACAGCGCAGGAGAUGCGAAAGGGGAAGAUAUAAUUAAUGGAGCCCGAGGAUACUUCAAGAAAUACGAGAAUCCAGGCCGGACAUUCUACAACUGGGUACAUAACACUUCCGCAGAUCAUACCUCGUGCCCCUUCUCCUUCGUCUUUUUCCAAUGCCUGCUAUUCGCUACCCACGGAGACGUUGCGGGCCGCAAGCCCAAGAUAGCGUACCUUGUCGAGGACGUGUGCAGGCACCUCGCUAGCCUAUGCCGAAUAUACAACGACUACGGCUCUCUAGCCCGGGAUCUUGAUGAGUCGAAUUUGAACUCGCUCAAUUUUCCCGAGUUCUCUGUAGACGAUGGCGGCAUAACAGAACAAGAGGCCAAGGCCCAGCUUAUGAGCAUUUCAGAAUACGAGAGGCGUUGUCUCAAUGUUGCGCUAGAUCAGUUGGAUCAUGAGAUUUCGUCAAGCAGUGGCAGAAAUAAUGGUAAAUGGAUGAGUGCGAUUAGAUUUUUUGUCAAUGUUACAGAUCUUUAUGGGCAGAUAUACGUCGUGAAGGAUAUUGCUACGAGGAAGUAA